AUGAAAGUCCGUUCGUCUACAUUUGCUUCAUUAAUUUUAAUAUUGGAAGUUUUGGGGGUUGCACUUUUCCUAAGGGGAUUUUUCCCUGUGCCUGUCAAGUCUUCUCUGUCGUCUAAGAGCAGGCAAAACCUGCCUGCGGAGCCGCUGUCAGUGGGCUCGCCCAAUUCGUCUCACAUCCCUCAGCCCUUAUUCAAAAGGGUUGUCAUCAUGUUAGUCGAUGCACUGCGGGAGGACUUUGUGUUUGGAGCCAAUGGUCGCACGUACAUGCCCUACACAAGACACCUGGUGGAAAGAGGCUCGACACUUAGCUAUGUGGCUAAAGCUAGAAUUCCAACUGUCACCAUGCCCAGGAUCAAAGCUCUUACCACUGGCAGUAUUCCAGGUUUUAUUGAUGUGGUGAUGAAUCUAAAUUCCCCAUCGUUACUGGAAGACAAUCUUAUUUGGCAAGCCAAAACCGCGGGGAAAAAAAUGAUCUUUUAUGGAGAUGAGACAUGGGUGCGCCUCUUCCCCAAACACUUCAUGGAGUACGAUGGCACAACGUCCUUUGUGUCUGACUACAUUGAGGUUGACAACAAUGUGACCCGCCACUUGGAUAGCACGCUCAAGAGAGACGACUGGGACAUUCUGAUCCUCCACUACCUUGGACUUGACCACAUUGGUCAUAUCAGUGGACCCCACAGUUCGAUGAUUCAGCCCAAACUUUUGGAGAUGGACGAUAUUCUUAAGAAGAUCCACGCUGCCCUCAUUUCAAAGGAGGUAGAGGGAUCAUUGCCCUAUCUGCUUGUUCUGUGUGCGGACCACGGGAUGUCAGAAACCGGUAGCCACGGAGGCUCCUCAGAACCAGAAGUCAAUACACCCCUGGUGCUCAUAAGCCCCGCUUUCAAGAGGAAAGUGGGAAUGGAGAAGCCUGAUGAAAUUGAGCAGGUGGAUCUGACUCCAACCUUGGCCCUGGCCCUGGGCCUGCCCAUAUCUCAAAACAGCGUGGGCCGUGUCAUUCCGAGUGUUUUGGAGGAAAGCUCACUUCGAGACCAGCUGCGCUUUCUGCAUCUCAAUGGCCACCAGCUGAGCUGCCUGCUCAAAGACAGCAUUCCAGACUAUGAGAGAGAAGCAGGAUUUGAACAGUACCGUGUGGCAGAGAAGGCGCACGGGAGUUGGGUGAAGCGCUACCUGGAGGGAAACGUGUCCGAGGUCUUGACCAACAUGGGCAAGAAAGUCCUGAAGCAGUACUUGGAAGCGCUGUCCGCUAUGAGCUCAGCCCUCAGCAAACAGCUGGGCAAAUACGAUCUGUACUCCAUGAUUGCUGGAAUGGUCUUUGUAUUUCAGCUGCUGUUGCUCUUACUGCUGGCAAUGCCUGAAGCCCUGAGCAACUCCGCAGCUGUGGACCUUCCAGUCAUGUCGGCCCUUCUCUCUUUACCUUUUUACCUCUUGUGCCUGCUGCUUGCGUCAGUGCAUGUUCUGGUGUGUACAUCUGCCGAGAGCUCCUGCUACUUCUGCAGCCUCUCCUGGGCUCUCGUGUUUGCCGCCAUCGCCUUCACUUCAGCCAUGUCUUGUUUGCUGCUCGCUAUGAUGACGAGACGAUCCCCCCUGGGACUUAAGUUUCACGGAAAGUCCCCGUUGAAGAUCAGUAGCACUGAGUGGUCCCUGUCAGAGUUGGACGUUUUGCUGCUGGCGGGCACAGCCGGCCACACUCUUAGUCUGGCGGCCAGCAGCUUCGUAGAGGAGGAGCAUCAGACCUGGUACUUCCUUCUCAGCACCCUCUGCCUUGUAGUCUUCCAGGACGUGUGUCGCAAAUACUUCCGAGAGAAGAGCGGCCUGGGAGGUGAAGAAGAAGUCCUUCCUUACAAAGACAACCCAAAGGAAGAGCUCUACUCUGAGAAGUGGCUAGCUUUAGCCACGCCCCCUUUUGUUUUGCUCUGCUGUCGACUGCUGCGCUCCCUCAACCAGACAGGUGUGCAGUGGGCUCAUCUUCCUGAUCUAGGCCAUUGGCUGAACAGCUCCGAACACAAACUGGUCCUGUCCCUGCUGUCUGCUCUCUGUUUGGUUUUCAUCUACUUCCUGAUUCAAAGACGAUGCUCGUUGGUUUCUAAGGUUGCCCUUGCACUUGGACUUUUGGGGGUCUACAGUUACCGGUCAGCUGUCGGCAAUGUCUUGUUUCCUUGGCAACACUCCGGUCGGAACAUGUCCAAGGGCAUCGUGGAAGCACGCUUCGUAUACGUGUUUGUUUUGGGUAUCCUCUUCACUGGUACUAAGGACCUGCUGCGGUCCCAGAUCAUCACAGCUGAUGCCAAACUGAAGAACAGAGGGCUAUGGGAGAUUUACAGUGGCCUGGUCUUGUUGAUUUCACUGUUGUUCCGUCCCCACAACCUGCCGGUGUUGUGCUCCUGUCUGCUCGUCCAAACACUUAUGGCCCAGUUCAUCUGGAAGAAGCUCCACUAUGAUGCAGCCCAGACCACCAUCAUGCACUACUGGUUUGGUCAGGCCUUCUUUUACUUCCAAGGUAAUUCCAACAGCAUUUCAACUGUGGACAUCUCAGUCUGGUUUGUCGGUUUAGACAACUACAUUGAAGCUCCUGCCAUCUUCUUAACAGCCCUCAGUACAUAUGCUGGGCCACUGCUUUGGGCUUGCCACCUUGUCUGUUACCUCAGUUCAGAGAGAAACAGGAGUCCUGCCGCAAUGGGCCACGGUUGCUACUGCCUGGCUCUGCUCAGGUCGGUGCCCGCGGCAGCCUACAUUGUUCUGGUGACUGUCCUGCGCUACCAUCUCUUCAUAUGGAGCGUCUUCUCUCCUAAAUUACUGUACGAGGCCAUGCACCUGCUUCUCACAGCCGGCGUCUGUCUCAUCUUCAACACGGUGGAACAAAGCCACACCUCUGCCGCAGCUUAAGACAGCUUCUUGCCAAGUAAGAGAGUUUGCCCUGACUUUUGAAGGGAAGAGAAUUGAAAGUCCAAUUAAGUGAAAAUGGUUUUUGAGGAUUGUAAGAUCUCAGGGACCCCCAAAAAGAGGGCUGCUUAACUAUACAGGGCAGCAUUUGAUGCUUUGCUCCGUCAGACCCAAAGGAAACGCAAUAGAAAUUUGCCCAGUGAUCACUAAAUUCAGCUUUACUGUGAAAAUGAUUCGUUUGCUUUUCUAGUUUGCAUCGUAUUAAAAACAUGGGAUGUUUAUAUCGUGUCAUGUUCAGAGUGAGUGAGCGAGAUAGACAGAUGAAUACAGGACAGCAAAAGAA